AUGGCGGGCAUGGUGUACAAGCAACGCAAGGGAGUCCGAAGGGAUAUCGAGUUCCUCCGCCGUGAGCUGACCGAUAUGAACGCCGCAUUAGAGAAGCUAGCAGACAUGGAGAAGCUUGAUGCCCAAACAAAGGUGUGGAGAGACAACGUUCGCGAGAUGGCCUACGAUAUCGAGGAUUCCAUUGACAUCUUCAUGCUCAAGCUCGGCCAAGAAGACGACGACGACAACAUCGGCUUGUUUCGCAGGAUUGUAGGCAAGGUUAGGGAGCUGCGACUGCACUACCAGUUUGGUGACAAGAUUCAGGAGCUCAGAGCUCGUGUCGAGGAGCAGAGUCAAAGCCGAGAGAGAUACAGGAUCGAUGGAUCCAUCUCAGAGUCUAGAGUGGUGGAAGUCGAUCCAAGGCUGCCUGCACUGUUUGAGGAUGCAAAGAGGCUUGUGGGCGUUGAUGGUCCACGAGAGGAAAUCAUCCAACGGUUGAUGGGAGAAGAUGACCGUCAUUGUUCUCGACGAUUUGAAGUGCUAUCCAUCAUCGGUUUCGGUGGCCUUGGCAAGACAACUCUUGCAAACCAAGUGUACUCUAAAAUCAAGAAUGAGUUUGAGUGCACGGCGUUCGUGACCGUCUCUAGAACUCCUCACAUGCCAAAGAUUCUCAAGGGAAUACUGUCAGGAGUUGGAUAUCGUGACACGGAAAUGGAAGAUGAUGUCCAAAAGCUUAUCGAGAUACUAAGAGCUACGCUCAACGAUAAGAGGUACUUCAUCAUAAUUGAUGACUUAUGGAGCAUCAAGGAUUGGCGCACUAUUGAGUGCGCUUUUGUGGAAAAUAAUAAUGCCAGCAGAGUGAUAACUACCACACGUAUUCAAGACGUUGGUGCAUCUUGUUGCUUUCUAAGUCAAGGCCAUGUAUACCAGAUGCAACCUCUUAAUGAGCUUCACUCAAGAAGGUUGUUUUUCAAAAGGCUAUUUGAUACAGAAGAUAGUUGUCCUGAGCAAUUCAGAGAGAUUUCACAUGACAUGUUAAGGAAAUGUAAAGGGGUACCAUUGGCAAUUACUAGUAUUGUUAGCCUUUUGGCUAACCACAUGCACAUUGACAUAUGGGAGAAGAUACAUAAUUCGUUGGGUUCCGAGUUGUACACAAAUCCUACACUAGAAUGGAUGAGGCAUGUGUUAAGUCCUAGCUACAAUGACCUGUCACAUGAGCUCAAGACAUGCUUGUUGUAUCUUGGUACGUAUCCUGAAGAUUAUCAAAUCCGCAAGUAUGAAUUGGUAAGAAAAUGGAUAGCUGAAGGAUUUGUUAGGGAAAAGCAUGGUUUAGAUAUGCAGGAAGCUGCUGUAAGCUGUUUCAAUGAACUCAUCAACAGAAGUAUGAUCCAACCUUGCUUCAAUGAAGAUGAUUUUGGUGAGGUGUUGACAUGUCAAGUUCACGACCUAAUGCUUGAGCUUAUUAUAUCGAAGUGCAAAGAGGAAAACUUCAUCACUAUAAUCGAUAGGAAGUUCCCCAUGAAUGGAGCUUCGCAGAUUCGCCGGAUCAGCCAUCAUCAGUUCCAUAACAGAGACAUGGCCCUGACAGUCGAGAGUAUGAGUGCAUCACAAGUCCGGACAUAUGUUUCCUUGCGUGUGGCUGAUUGUAUGCCUCCAUUUUCGAAAUUUGAGCUUUUGAGAGUCUUGGACAUGGAACGUAGCUUUUCUAUGGACCUUAUAUGCCUUGAUGUGUCUGCUAUAAAUCACCUCUUUCUGCUGAGGUAUCUGAGGGUCUGGGGCUUUCGCGUCGAGCUGCCAAAGAAAUUUGGAAAGCUAAAGCAUUUGAUGACCCUAGAUAUGUCCCAGCCAUGGUUGGAUAAUCCUAGUGAACAACUAUCAGAUUUUAGUUCCUUGUCAUCUCUAAGGCAUCUCAGUUUACCAGGAUGUGUAAUUUUCAAAAAUGGGCUUAGCAAGUUGUGCAACCUACGUGAUUUGUUCUGGUUUGACUUUUGUUCUAAUUCCACAGAGUGCAUCAGAGAUCUCAGUGAGUUGACCAAUCUUAGAAAUCUUCAGGUGAUGAUGUACAAUUACUCAAGGCCAGAUGGCGUAGAAAAUAAUCGUAAGACAACAAUCUUGUCAACUUCUCUUAACAAGCUUGGGAACAGCAACCUCUGCAAUCUAGCUUUUGAGGUUGUGUCAAGUGCCAGGGCCCCAUCAGCACAAUUCUGGAGUAACUGCUUGGCACGCCCACGGCAUCUGCAGAGGUUUAGCUUGUACGGCGUAACAAUGCCCAAGGUCCCAAAUUGGAUUGCGCAUGCAGACAGGUUGGCGCAUGUUGAACUAGAGGUCCAGGAGCUCCCAAGUGAUGAUGUCCAGGUUCUUGCACAGUUGCCCUGCCUCAUCUACCUCCAGUUAAGAGCUAAAACAAUCCCAGAGAACAACAUCAUUAUCCACCCCCAAACAUUCCACAGCCUCAAGUGCUUCAAAUUCUUUUGUGGUGAGCUGCCAAGCUUGACUUUUGAGCCAGCCGCAAUGCCGCAGCUACAGAGACUGGAGAUACAACUUGCCCUUGGACAAGGUGCAAUGGAACUGCAAGAUGACAAUCUAGUUAGUGGCAUCGAGCACCUUGCUAGCCUCGAAAAGAUCUCCUUGUAUAUAUGUGCCAAAUGCGGUCAGGGGUCCAAAAUAGAAUCUGCAUGGAGAGGCGCCAUCAGCAGGCACCCGAAAAGUCAAGCCCUACAGAUUUAUGUAACUGUAGAGAGUAUGAUGGAAAUGGAAAAUUGGUAUGAAUAA